GCAGGAAAAGUGAUAAAAUGCAAAGCAGCUGUCUUAUGGGAGCAAAAUAAACCCUUUUCCAUUGAGGAGGUGGAGGUUGCACCCCCCAAGGCCAAUGAAGUUCGUAUUAAGAUGGUGGCCACAGGAAUUUGUCGCUCAGAUGAUCAUGUGGUUAGUGGACAACUAACCAUGCCUCUUCCUGUGAUACUAGGCCAUGAAGCAGCCGGCAUUGUGGAGAGCAUUGGAGAAAGGGUGACAACAGUAAAACCAGGUGAUAAAGUCAUCCCACUCUUUACUCCCCAGUGUGGAAACUGUGCCAUUUGUAAACACCCAGAAGCCAACUUAUGCUUGAAAAACGAUCUGAAUUUGCCCCGGGGGACCUUGCAGGAUGGCACCACCAGAUUCACCUGUAGAGGGAAGCCCAUCCACCACUUCCUCCAUACCAGCAGCUUCUCUGAGUACACAGUGGUGGAUGAUAUCUCAGUGGUCAAGAUUGAUCCAGCCUCACCUCUGGAGAAAGUCUGCCUAGUUGGCUGUGCAUUUUCUACUGGUUAUGGGUCUGCUGUCAAUGUUGCCAAGGUCACCAAGGGUUCCACCUGUGCUGUGUUUGGUCUUGGAGGAGUUGGCCUAUGUGUAGUCAUGGGCUGUAAGGCAGCUGGAGCAGCCAAGAUCAUUGGAGUGGAUCCCAACAAAGACAAAUAUGCAAAGGCCAAAGAGUUGGGGGCCACUGAGUGCAUCAGCCCACAGGACUUCAAGAAACCCAUCCACGAGGUCUUGAAGGAAAUGAGUGAUGGAGGUGUGGACUUUUCCUUUGAAGUCGUUGGUCGGCAUGACACGAUGAUAUCAGCCCUGUCAUGCUGUCAAGAGGCAUAUGGUAUAAGCGUCCUUAUAGGGGUACCUCCUGGUUCCCAAGAACUCAAGAUGAACCCUAUGUUGCUAUUGACUGGACGCACUUGGAAAGGAGCAGUUUUUGGUGGUUAUAAAAGUAGAGAUUCUGUCCCCAAACUUGUGGCUGAGUUCAUGGCUAAGAAGUUUCCACUGGAUGCAAUAAUAACCCAUGUUUUACCUUUUGAAAAAAUAAAUGAAGGAUUUGAUCUUCUUCGCUCUGGAAAAAGUAUCCGUACGAUCCUGACAUUUUGA